GAAUUGCGUUAUUGAACUAUUCAGGAACGACACAAUUCUUAUCCUUCGUAUCUCGUAUCCUUCAUUUAAUUUAAAUUAUAGAUCCUUAGAAAAACACACAACAUUGUUAACACAAUGUUUGGUUGGAACAUCAAGGAUUAUGAUAUAAAACUAGAAUUAUCUCGCUGCUCCAAUGGAGUUGUGUAUAUGGCAAAAUAUUUGCCCAAUCAACAAUAUGUGACUGUGAAAAAAUACCAUUUGGAUAGGAAUGAUAAACAGGUGACGGAGAGCAUACAGGACGAUAUAAUGGCCAUGCGAUUAUUUAGUCAUCCAAACCUGCACAAGUUCCACACAGCCUUUGUCAACGACAGCGACCUGUAUGUGGUAUCACCGCUAAUGUGUUUCGGUAGCUGUCGUGAUACGAUAAGGAAUAUUUUUACCACAGGUUUUCCCGAAAUUUUCAUUGCCCUAAUAAUGCGUGAUGUUCUAUCUGGCUUGGAGUAUUUACAUCGUCGCGGUUAUGUCCAUCGAUCCAUUCGUGCUAGUCACAUACUUCUUAAUCAAACCAAAGCAGUAUUAACUGGAUUCCGUGAUUGUACUAGCUUUAUAUCGCAUGGUGGAAGAGUCACAGUCCUGCACCAACUACCUCCCAAUAGUAUUCGUAGCUUAAAUUGGUUAGCCCCAGAGGUUUUGGAACAAAAUCUUAUUGGCUAUACGGAGAAAUCGGACAUUUAUUCUAUUGGUAUAACAUGCUGCGAACUGGCUAAUGGUGUGGAGCCAUUUGCCGACUCGCCACCCACUUUUAUGUUUACGGAAAAAAUACGCGGUAAUGUUCCUACGUUAUUAGAUCGUUCCACUUGCCCCGGUGUAGAUGAAAUGAUUGAAAUUAUUGCCACUGCCAACAAAACCGAUACCACAGUAGCUGCCGAAACCCAACAAAUCUAUUUACAACGAAUGUUCAGCGAUGAAUUCCACCAAUUUACAGAGAUUUGCAUGGAAAAGAAGCCAGCAAAUCGUUGGCCUGCCCUCAAACUCUUGUCCCACUCCUUUUUCAAACAAUGCCGUCACAGCAGUAUUUUGGAUGUAACACAGCGUUUCGGAAUGCAAGUAUCCGAUUAUGAGGAACUCAGAGAUGAAAGUUUGCAGUUAAACAAGGAAUUAAAUGACUUAAAUUUAAAUGACAAUAAUACUUGGGAUUGGGAAUUUGAUUGAAAUAAAUGUUGAACAAAAAAUUGUAGCUGGAAAAAUGGAUGUUAGUCUUAAAAGGAAACUCGCCGUGGAUAUGUAAUAGCCACAGAGGAGUUGCAAAAGAAGAAAAAAAAAAAAACAUAUUUAUGGCAUUGUUGUUGUCUUAUGACAUCAAUGAGGUCGAACGACGAAAUAUAUGUAUGAUGCUCUAGACUUUAUGUGUAUAAAAAAAUUAAAUUGUAAGUAAAUGUUUUAAUUGUUAGUGGUUGUUAGGCAAAUUGAAAAUUAAAAGAAGCAACGUUUAA